CUGCGAACGCGCGUAGUAAAGGCCAUCCCAGUCAUCCCGGAAUUGGACGGAAUGAUUACCAGCGCGUGUCUAAUGCCGCAAGUAUCGCUGCUAUUCAGCAUACGUACGAAAUCGGGUUACUUACCAAACCAAAGCAAAAUGGCUGCUUCCCUGCUGCAACGAUCCCUUCCAUCACGAGUCGCGCAGUGCUCGGGCGUGUGCCCGCGUCUGCUAUCAUUGAGACCGACACUGAUAAUCAAUGCCUCUAGCAAUUCGACAUCCACAUCUAGGGCCAGCCGUGGAGCACUGACCUGCCGCGCAUCGGCCUCGGCGAGCCAGCCAAGCGGGUCAGCGCCGGCCGGCCCCGCCCGGCACGCGGUGUUGCACGAUUUCUGCAUGGUCAUCCCCUUCGGCGGUGCCGCGGUCCUGGGCGCGGUUGCACUCUUUUUCUUCAACCUCACCAACAUCGCUGGCACAGCAUUGAUUGCCGGGGCCACAGCCAUCGCCUCUAGCGUGCUAAGCCUCCAGGAGUGGAAGGCGGGGGGCAGCUCCACCACCUACACGCUUACGUCUGCAGCCUGCGCCGCCGCCGUGUCGUACGUGACGUACAGCUCCCUGGACCUGCUGAAGGGGCUGCCGUACUGGGUGGCGGCCGUGCUGUGCGUGCUGGGCGGCGCCUGCUCGCUCUUCUGCGCCUACAACGUGGCGGCGGGCGGCAACCCGCCCCCCAAGAAGAAGGCCGCCGGCAAGGCCGAGUAGACGGGUGGCUACAGAGCGCGGGUUGGCAAGACGGAAGGAGGAGCAAGGCGGAGUAGUUUAGCGGUUGCAUGGAACGGCGAGGUGGGGUAGGUUUGAGGGCGGGUGGCCUGCAGAAGGUGUGUUGAGUUAACGAAGAAUGCGUAGCGGAGACCGCGAGAGCACGACGUCGUUGAGACAUGGACGCCUAGCAAGCAGAAUGAAAGCGUGAGGAGAGCAGUGACAGCAGUUACUUGUACCUUUGAGAAGAUAACGGCGCGCCAAGCGGCAAUCGGCGGCCUAAAGCUCGAGACACACAGCUGGUGAAGACGGCUGGUGCGGCCGGGGGCUGGCAUGGACUAGCCCCCAACUAGGCUGGGCUGCGUCGUGAGAAUGCAAACCCCAAUGUAAAUGAAGCAACCUGGAACGCAGCCAGGCUAGGUGGUAGGGCCGCCGAGGGCGAGGCUUGCAGCUGUUGGGUGCGGACUGGUGCGGAGGUAUGUGCGAGCCCUGAUGGUGGGCGAGGAUACGAUGGUGGGCGAGGAGAUGGAGCGGUAGCGUGGUCGCGCACUGGGGAGGUGCUCGUCAGGGAUGCCAGGGACAAGUUGUUAUCACGACCUUGUCCAUCUAUAAGAAAGUAGGUACCGGAAGCGGAGAUCCAGGUGCGGACAUGUCGAGCAGGAUGGCGAUGGAAUGCUACGACCCAGGGGAGCACGCAGGCUGGCCCACAGUACUGAUGCGUGGCUAUUACUGCGUAUAGACAAAGCGGGUUGCGGCUGUUGCGGAUACGACCAUCCGCAUCAUCAGCGCUUUCCGGAACCAACCGCCUGA